AUGACUACCAAUGCUAACCCUGCCAACCCUACCCCACCAGCUACUGCUGCCUCCCCGGGGGGGCCGACUACUACUGGGCCUCCUCAAGCCACUACUGCCCAGCCUGGUGGUCCUCCUGGAGGUACUCCGAGUCAGCAGUUCGCCUCCCUCUAUGCUGGUGAUCUCGCUCCGGACGUCACUGAGGCCGUCUUAUAUGAGGUCUUCAAUGCAAUUGGUCCGGUGGCCUCCAUCCGCGUGUGUCGCGACUCUGUUACUCGCAAAUCCCUCGGUUACGCCUAUAUCAACUUCCAUAACGUCGCCGACGCCGAGCGUGCCCUCGACACUCUGAAUUACUCCCCCAUCAAGGGCAGGCCCUGUCGUCUCAUGUGGAGCCACAGGGACCCGGCCUUACGCCGUAGUGGCGCCGGAAAUGUCUAUGUUAAGAACCUUGAUAGAAACAUCGACAACAAGGCUCUUUACGACACCUUCUCCCUAUUCGGCAACAUUCUCUCCUGCAAGGUCGCUUUGACCCCCGAUGGGAAGUCCAGGGGCUUUGGUUUUGUCCACUUUGAAUCGGACGAGUCCGCAGAGGCCGCGAUCGCUAAGCUGAACGGAAUGCAAAUUGGGGAGAAGACUGUCUACGUGGCUCCAUUCAAGAAGACGGCUGAAAGGAACGAUGGAACUCCGAAAAACUUCACGAACGUUUAUAUUAAGCAUAUUCCGGCCUCCUGGAACGAGGAGAAGAUCAAGGAGGAGUUUGGGGCCUUUGGGGAAAUCACCAGCCUGGCUGUGCAGACGGACCCUAAGGGGAGGAGGUUCGCCUUCGUUAAUUAUGCUGAAUUUGAACAGGCCAGGGCGGCGGUGGAGGAGAUGGACGGCAAGGAUGUUAGAAAUGAGGAAGAGAAGGCCGCUGAUAGAGCGCAGAGGGAACGUGAACGUGAGGAGAGAAAGGCAGCUCGUGAAGCUGCGAAGGCCGAAGGGAGAGAGGACGGUGAUGAUGUUGAAUCUGAUGAUGACGAUGAGGAGCCCGAGACCUCCCAUUUGUACGUAGCUAGGGCUCAACCCAAGGCUGAACGUGCGGCUGUGCUGAAGGAACAGUUUUCGGCUUCCAGAGGGGCUCAGGGGGGCGGAAGGUUUGGUGGGGUUAAUUUGUAUGUGAAGAAUUUGGGGGAGGACGUUGACGACGCUGAACUGAAGAAAAUGUUCGAGCCCUUUGGGACGGUUACUUCGGUUAAGGUUAUGGUUGAUGACAAGGGGGUCUCGAGGGGAUUCGGAUUUGUGUGCUUUUCGACCCACGAGGAGGCAACCAAGGCGGUGACUGAUAUGCAUCUGAAGCUGAUCGGGGGGAAGCCGUUGUAUGUGGGGAUGCAUGAAAAGAGGGAGCAACGUUUGGAGAGGCUCCAACAGAGGUAUAGGGCACCGCCCCAGCAGAUGGGAGGGUUCAAUGGUCCACCGAGGGGAGGAGGAGGGUAUGGUGGCAUGGGGGGUGGUGGCCCAGGGAUGCCUGGAGGGUUUGGUGGAGCCGGCCCAGGAGGGCCGGGUGGCUUCAAUCAGCCGCAGCCUAUGUAUUAUUCGGGAGGAGGAAUGCCAAGGGGAGGGCCUCAGAUGGGAGGUGGCGGGUAUAGAGGAGGUAUGCCGGGUGGCCCCCAGUAUGGCCGUGGCCCUAGAGGGUUUGGUGGCCAGCAAGGUAUGAUGCCUGGUGGUGGAGGUGGAGGAGGAGGUCCUCGUGGCCCCCCCAUGGGCAUGGGCGUGAGGGGAGGUCCGUUUGGGCCCAUGGGCGUGCCGGGCGGAGGACCACGUGGUCCUCCUCCCGGGGGCAUGGGAGGAGGUGGUCCCCCAAGAGGCCCCCCUAUGGGAAUGCCCAACAGAGGGUUCCCACCCCAAGUACAGCAGCAACAAGGAUCGAUGGGAGGACCAGCACCACCACAGUCUACUGGUCAGCAACAACCCUUGACGGCCGCUGGUUUGGCUGCAGCCCCACCAGCUAUCCAAAAGCAGAUGUUGGGAGAACAACUCUACACGCAGAUCCAAAGGAUCCAACCGCAAUUGGCCGGGAAGAUCACGGGUAUGAUGCUCGAGAUGGACAACAGUGAACUGCUCAUUUUACUGGAGUCGGAAUCACAGCUGCGUGCGAAGGUUGAUGAGGCCCUGAUGGUGCUGCAUUCGAAGUAA